AUGUCCGCUAAAGUCGCGCUCGUCACAGCGUCCAGCGCGGGACUCGGGGCCGCCGCCGUGAAGGCAUUAGCAUCACAUUUCCGGGUCGUGGUGAACUACAACUCGCGGCUAGAGAAGGCCGAGCAAGUGAUCAAAGAAGCCUCGGAGAUCCCAGCGACAUACGCGACAUCGGGACCGCGGUUCCACGCCAUCAAGGCAGAUGUGCAGAAUCGCUCCGAGAUCCAGCGCCUAGUGUCGGAGGCGGUGGACAAGUUCGGCAGGCUGGACGUAGUGGUCAGCAAUGCCGGCUGGACGCGGCUGACUAACUUCUUCGACCUCGAGCAGCAAGUCAACGAGGAUGACUGGGACAAGUGCUUCAGCGUCAAUGUCAAGAGCCACCUGUGGCUGCUGUAUGCCGCGAAGCCUCACUUGGAGAAGUCAGAGGGUGGCGGUGCUUUCGUCACCGUCGCGAGUCUCGCCGGUGUGCGGCCGAGCGGUAGCUCCCUUCCCUACGCGGUCACCAAAGCGGCGGAGAUUCAUCUCACCAAGGGCUUGGCCGUGAUCUGUGGGAAGAGUAUCAGGUGUAACAGCGUGAGCCCUGGUUUGAUGUUGACCGAAUGGGGCAGUCAAUUCCCAGAAUCCAAAGUCAAGGCGACGACAGAUAAGUCAGCCCUAAAAUCGACCGCCACACCAGAGGACGUUGCAGAGCAGAUCAAGGCCCUGGUUCUGAGCAAGUCCAUCACUGGCCAGAACAUCGUCAUUGAUUGUGGAAUUGCCAUUUGA